AUGGGUUUGCCGAUAUUCUUCGAACCUUCGGUGCCUGAUUCGCCUUCAAAAGAAACAGAAAAGUCGACAUCUCGCGCACGAUCUGCUAUUCGACGGCAUCCUUUGCGUGGUAAUCAAUCCCGACCUGUAUAUCAUGCAAGGCGGAGGCGCGCGUAUCUAGACAAUUAUGAACGAGAUAGUAAUCCACUCGACUUGUUUCAACAUCUAUAUCAACAGCAAUCCAUCAGACCUUCUGCUAGAGUUUCUAUCACGACGUCAACUAGAGAUGCGAUGAGAGAGGCAAUGAGAGAACAUUCGUUGUCAGCAGCACCUCCGAGUUUAAGCUUCGAGCGUCAAUCAAGUAGAGGCGCAGAAGCAGAUGGACCAUUAAUGCCUGCUGUUCCGGAAUCGAGGGAUUACCCUAAUCCUCCAAUUGGGGAUCUACAAGGUCCCCCAAGAAUUUUGCGAACAAGUGUAAUUUCAAUUUCACCAUAUCCCGAAACAGAGACACAGUACGUGCCUCGACCGUCUGGAGAUGUGUCCGCUUCUGAAGUUGAUGAUCGGAAUAUGGACCCUAAUACUGCUCUAGCAGAAAGUGUGGACGAAAUGGGCUCACAAGAUUCCUUGUCACGAGUAGAUGGCCUUGACGGCCAUGCAAGACACCUAGUAAGGGAGCGAGUCGGGGAGCGAGAAGAGCAAAGACGUCUGGCUAGGGAGCAAGAGGAAGCGGAGCAAAGACGUUUGGUCAGGGCGCGAGAGGAAGCACAGCGCGAAGCACAUCACGAAGCACAGCGCGAAGCACAGCGCGCAUUUCAAAGAAGGCGGCGCGAGCUUGACAUUAGGCGACAGGAGCAAAGCAUUCUUGAUGAAGAGAUGAGAGAGGAACGGCGAGUGGAACGCCGUCUUGAAGAACGCCGUCUUGAUGAAAGUAGAGAUCGACAGCGAGUACACAGCCGCGAAGUACGUCGUCUCAAUGAGUUCAGGGAACAACUGCGCGUUGAUAGGGAGCGAUUGCAGGAUGAUAUAGAGCGAUUGCGUAACGAACGAGAUCGACUGCAGAGCAGCACAGAACAAAUUGAUGAGAGCCCAUCCUCUGGCUCUGACACGUCGCUCGCUAGGAGAGAGUUCAGAGAGCAACUGCGCGUUGAUAGGGGGCGAUUACAGGGUGAUAUAGACCGAUUACGUAACGAACGAGAUCGACUGCGGAGCGGUGGAGAACAUAUUGAGGAGAGCCUAUCCUCUGGCUCUGAAGAGCGACAGCAAGCUGUCACAUCACGCGCUGAAAGAGAGCAAGUCGAGCGUUCCGAUGCUCCUAGCGCCGGAGAGCGAGAGCAACUGCUCGAGCAAUUGGAAGUCGAGGCAGCCGAGGCGUAUAGACGUGAAGUUAUGCAAUCCGAUAUGCAAUCGGGACUCGAGGAAGCCGAUAGCUUCAUAAUUAAUAUUAAUUACGACGGUCUCGGUGACCGAGAACGUAGCCAUGACGAGUUCCAAGAGUCAGAGCCGGCUUAUAGAGACUUUGGUGGCCCUGAAGUCGUGGAUAAUGUUGAGCGAUUUGAGCAACUAGAGCAACUGGAGCAACUCAACGUUGAAGGCCACGGAUCAUGGGAUGGCCUUUUGAUCACGCCCGAUCCACAAUCACCAAAUCCGUCAUCUUCAUUCGCUUCAACAGCUGCUUCUAGCUCACAAAGACCUUCUAUGAGUACCUCUAUUAGUAGCAUGCACGAAACCCAGCCUGUUACGAAUGGCGAUUGUGAUACUGCAUUGGAUUCCGAAACCGAAGAUGAACAGACUCAGCAAGGCCUUGAAUGGUUUAGACGACCUAGGACAAAUCGAACCCACGGUCGAAGGGCUAUGAAUGCAUCAAGUCAAGCUUUGAUGAAUUCCAGUGAAUCUUAG